UUCUCUGACUACGAACACAGCAGAUAUGGGUCAAGGCGAAGAAGUGAAGACCAGAGCCGAACCAAAAGUCGACAUUCUGGAAAGAGGGGAAAUAUUCUUCUUUUACAGGCCAAAGGUGGACAAAGAAGAAGCUCACAAUGCCGGUGUAAAAAGAUUGUACGUCGUUCUUCGGCCGGAAUCCGGCGAGAGGGCGGUGGAAGAGAAACAAUCUCCAGAUUCUGGUAAAGAAGGAUCCAAGAAAGAAGCUGGUGAAGGUGCGUGUGGUUCGAGUCAGAAGAGCAGCGAAGGUGGCCAUGGCAGCCAGGAAGUGAAUAUAGAGAAGGAACCUUUGUUGAGGUUCAUAGUGAUGGGUAGAAAAAGCCUUCCAGAUCCGGGCAAGAAGAGCAGACCUUACUGGGGAUUUGUGGAGAUGGUGACUACGAGGAUAGAUGAUGUGAAAACCGCUCUUAAAGGAGAGGAAUAUGAUACUGCAACAAAAGAGCACCGACAUAAACCUCCAGCAAGAGCAUUGGGUGAAGGAGUAUAUAGAAUUAUAAGGCAUAAUUCAGGCAAAAAGGUGCAUACCCAUUUAAUCUACAAGCUUGAAUUCCCACCUGAAGGUUCCAAAAAUGAACCCCAAGAGUCACUUAAUGUGGAAAGGGAAGGUUCUUUUCUUAUACAGAUAAAGAACCCAGAUCAAUAAGGUAAAUCCCAGUUCAGGGGACUUCAAAACAAACGCAGAGCUAUCUUCCCUGCACAUCUUCAAGGCCAGUUUGGACAGUUAAGGUACUGGUUGGCAGACCCGCCAGACUUUCUGAACUAUAAAGGUUGUGAAUUCUUACUCAUAUCCGCUUCUGAUGACAUUGAAGAGGAGUUAGGGUUAGAACUCAUGCCAGAAGGGGAACCAGAACCAACUUGUUCAGAUUUGCUGAAGACAUUUGGAGAAACUGCAGCUACUAGUCCCCUUCUAAAGGGUACAUGGGUUUGAGCCAAAUCUUCUCACUUUUGAAGUUUG